UCAGGGGCGGAGGGAGACAGUGGGAGGCGCCAACUGCAAUCGCGAGACAAUGAAAUAGAAAGCAAACUUGACGAGGAAAUAAUAAAACAAACAAAAGAAUCCUCUCCCUCGCGAGCCGUGCCGUCCUGUCGCGCGCCACCAACACCCCCCGGCUUCAUUUCCACGACGUUUAUUUGGGUUUUUCCUGAAGACUCGCCGAGGCUGCGCAGUCAUGUCGAAGAUGUGCAACCUGAAAAUAAGCCGAGCGAAUGCAGGAAAGGUGGACAACUUCCGCCAGACCCUGUAUCACGAGGCAGAGAAUCUGUUCUCCAGCUUCAUCCCCAAGAGGAUUGAACAGCUGGAUGCUCUGCUGAAGGACGGUGCCUUCAGUGUGACGGACAUGUCCUCGCUCAAGGCUCCCCUGGACAUCCCCAUACCAGACCCCCCCUCCCCCGAGGAUGAGGAAAUGGAGACGGACAAGAGUGAAGAUGAGAAGAAGAAGACGAAGAAGAAAGCUCCUCAAUGUGUCUACAUCGAGGGGAACGAGAAGAUCAUGGCGCUCCUGGUGAAGGUGAAGCCAGAGAUCGUCGCCCUCAGAGAAACCAUCAUCACUGUCUCCUGCUGGAUCCAGCACCUCAUCCCCAAGAUAGAAGAUGGAAACGACUUCGGGGUCGCCGUCCAGGAGAAGAUCUUGGAGAGAAUCGGUGCAGUGAGGACCAAAGUUGACGGUUUUCAGACCAACAUCAACAAGUACUUCUCCGAGAGGGGAGAUGCUGUCGGAAAAGCUUCCAAAGAGACCCACGUGAUGGACUACCGCUCGCUGGUCCACGAGAAGGACCAGGCCAUCUUCUCGGAGAUCAGAAUCAUCGUCCUCGACAUUCGCGGCUUCUACGCCGAGCUUUAUGACAUCAUCAGCAAGAACCUGGAAAAGGUGACCAAUCCAAAAGGAGAGGAGAAGCCUUCCAUGUACUGAAGCUGUGGGGGGGGGGCAUCACUCCCCCGGCUCAGUAACGCUGCAAUUCUGCUUUUUCUUCUCAGCAAUAACUGGAUGAAAGUUAUUAGUCUGUUUAUGACGACACUUUGGUUACUAAAUGCACUAAAUUUAAGUUGUACAACUCUUGAGUUUUUAAAAAAAAAUUAAUAAAGAAAAGCUUUUUUCUGCCAGCUU